AUGAUAAUUUUCCAAGAGGAAGCUUGGUUUGACUCGGUGAGUAUUCUGGAGUCUGACUCGGAUGAUGACUUUAUCAGUAUACAUGGAGAUGGUUUUCCAUUAGCAAGCAAUCCAGUUGGGAAUAUCUCAAGUGGCCAAGUACUUCAGCAUGAAAGAUCUGCUCGCUUUGUUGAUAAUGAGUGUAAGUAUGAAGAAUACCAAAGCUAUAUGAUAAUUGAUGGAGGUAAAUCAGAUAAAAUCAGAGGCAAAGAUGAGCUCAGGGAAUCAAAUCGGUUUUCGCUUAUUGAUACACAAGGCUAUGAGCUUUCUCACUUAGGGAAGGCUGAUGAAGUUUGCAGUAAGAGGAAGAAUAUAUUAGAUCACUCUUAUGGAAGCUUUAAAGGACUUACAGAGGAUGGACGUGAUUCUAAUGAAAAAAUUCAAGACAAUGCCCUGAAAUCCGGCUUAUCUCAAUUGGUACCUUCUGUAAGUUUCAACGAUAAGAUUCUAAGUGCACACAGAGUUUGGUUCCGCAAUCCCAGAGAAAGCCAUCAGUCGUUUCCAGACUUUCUUUUAAAAGGAGAUCCUGUGAUGCAGAAGAAACCAUUGAACAAUAUUACCGAACAUUAUUUGAACGAUAUAUCCACAGGUCAAUCAAAAAGGUUUCUGUUUCGGCCUAGACCAGGAUAUAUCAUUCCAUGUUGUAGAGUAGAGAAGCCGACUUCAGGAUCUUGGUAUAAGAUUCCACCCUCAACUUUUAAAUUUUGUGGCAAGAACUAUUUCAAUCCAUGUACUCCAAUAGGUGUUGAUGUGUCUGUAUGCCCCAAAAAGAUACAUCACAUUGCCCAGCAUCCUGAGCUUCCCAAAGUGAAAGCAAAUGGGAAAGUGGUCAUUGUAAACAUACAGUUGCCUACUUAUCCUGCUGCAAUGUUUCUUAGUGAUAGUGAUGGAGAGGGGAUGAGUCUUGUAAUGUAUUUCAAAGUUUCUGAGAAUUUUGAUAAAGACAUCUCUCCUCAAUUCCAGGACAGCAUUAAGGACUCCACUGUACCUUUCAGAGAAAGACUAAAGAUCUUGGCUGGGGUGGUAAAUCCUGAAGAUCUCAGUCGGAGUUCUGCUGAGAAGAAGCUUGUACAUGCAUAUAACGACAAACCAGUUCUUUCACGCCCCCGGCACAAUUUUUACAAGGGUCCUAACUACUUUGAGAUUGAUAUGGACAUUCAUCUCUUCAGCUACAUAUCAAGGAAGGGUCUCAAAUUGUUAUGA